GGAAGGAGAACAUGUCAUGUGAUCAAAACAAAAAGCCAAUUCUUCCGGUGAAGACAACUAGUGUUUUUGAAAGGUGUUUGGCGUGUGCUAGAUGGGUAAUCAGCAGAGGUGGUUGCCACUGUUUUCCGUCUGUCUUCCGCAGUAACAUAGAGAUAUGGCUGUAUGGGAACACUAACCCUAUGAAGGCCUGUUACCAGGGGGGUGAGAAGAGACGGUGUGGAGUGUGUGUUGGGGGGGAUGGAGGAGUUUCCAGUGAGGACGGUGGAAGGGCUGUGUCUAGGCACCAGCUUGGCUAUAUCUGGUUUCUUCUACUACGUCUACAGGAAAAAGAGGAAAACGGUGGACAAGCUCAAUGAUGCACCACAGUUGACUUUGGAUGGGAAACUGGCAGACCUUUUGAACGUCACACCGGGAAAGUGUCUGCAGUAUGUUGUCAUUGAAGGGGCAGUGCAGCCUCUGGGGGAGCCUUUGAGGAGUCAGUUCCAGGAAGGCACUGUGGGGGUGGUGCAGAAACUCAUGCUGAGGGAACACAAGCUGGUGUGGAAUAGCCUGUCUCGCACCUGGACGGACAGUGAGCGUGUGCUGCACCAGAGGGUGAACGCGGUGCCCUUCAGCCUGGUCGGGUCGGACCAGGCCAACGUGAGGGUGCUGUGUCCCCUGGAGGCCUCGGGUCUAGAGAUGGAGAUCAUCCAUGAGAAGUUCCACCAGGCCACCUAUGGUUUUACCGACAUCAUCGGGCAGUACCUCAGUGGAGAGAAGCCCAAAGGCCAGCUGGAGACUGAGGAGAUGCUCAAGGUUGGCGCUACUCUGACAGGUGUAGGCGAGCUCAUCCUGGACACUGACCGGGUGCUGAAGCUCCGCCCGCCCACUGACGGCUCGGAGUACUUCCUCACCACGGCAGACUUUGAGUCCCUUAGGCUGGAGCAGGAGGGCCAAGCGGUGGUCUGGCAGGUCCUGGCCUCUGUGUUCGCCCUGGCCGGGUCAGCCAUCCUCUUCUGGUUGGGCCACCGCUACUACCGCAGCCUGAGGGUCCGCUGGGACCAGGAACGGCUGAGGAGGGAGUUUGAGAGGUUGGGUGCUGGUGGGAUGGGGGAAGGGUCUACGGCUGGGGAUACACAAGAGGGGUCUGGGGAGCAGGCACCCUUGGAAAACGCCUGUGUGAUCUGCCUGACCCAGCCGCGUAGCUGUGUGCUGCUGGAGUGUGGGCACGUGUGCUGCUGCUACAGCUGCUACCAGGCCUUGCCCCAGCCCACCUGCCCCAUAUGCCGGCAGGCCAUCAAGAGGGUGGUGCCCCUCUACCAGGCCUGAUGCCCAGCCUGGGAGUAAAACAGAUGUGUGUGCUCAUGGUUGGUCUAUGUAUGUAUCCCUUGGGGUGUUGUUACCUGUACUCCUAGAAAGACAAGGUCAAGGUGAUAGAAUGGAGACAUUUUAUAAUUGACAUUUAGGCUGGUUGUAAAACCUUGAAGAUGAUUCUCCACAUAGAGGCAGAAGGACCGAACUCUACUGUGAUGAUAAGUCACCCUGAAAAUACAACUUUGGAGAGCCGAGGAGAGGCCUAAGCUAGCAAGACAGAGCAGGACAUGCACACACUAGUCCUUAAACCCCUCACAAUGUCAGAGAGAGAGACAAACUCUUGAUAGACCAGGCAAACCAUCACUGUACUUAUUACACUGUAAUAAUCACCUGAAUGCUUGUUGGCAUUCUCAACACAAAUAGGCUAGGUGCCGCUACUGUAUUAACAAAAUGUGAAUCUUUGAGGUUUGAAGCACUUAAAUGCAUAUGUAUUAUAAAGCUAACAGCUGUUGAGUUUGGUUUUGAAUAGUAAAUACAUGUUUAUAUACUGAACAAAAAUAUAAAUACACCGAUUUUUACUGAGUUACAGUUCAUAUGGAAAUCAGUCAAUUUAAAUCAAUUCAUUAGGCCCUAAACUAUGGAUUUCACAUGACUGAGCAGUUUAUAUUUUUGUUCAGUAUAGAUACUGGGAAUGCAGUUCUCUCAUAAUUAAAGUGUGCAUAUGGAUAGAGAGGUGUUUACGUUUGUAGUACUAUCGCUUGCUUUGUGCCUUAUUUUUCAUCCUGGCGUAAGGAGGGGGGGGAUCGUUCCACCAAUUAGAUUUUUGUUGUAAAGAUUCCUGUCAAAUUGCUUUGACGGGGUGGAAGCUUGUUUCCAACAGGGAGGGGGGCAAUUGAAUGUGAGCUUGAGAACAUUUCUGAAAUCGUUAACAUUUCUAGCCUAUCUAUGGGUAACAGGGUUGGUGUUUUAUGCUCGACCCGCUCCGUUUUCCAGCACAAAAUACCAGAAAAGGUGCAAAGAAAACAAAGAGUAGUACCAGCUCACCUGGUAUUUACACUAUGAAAUUACUACUAAAUGUUCCAUAUUGAAAGAUGUAUUGAAUUCUCCAUGUGGUCUAAAAUAUUAAAGGGCAAUUAAUUUAUCAUAA